UUCGAGGACUUGGAAUAACGCUGAGAAAUCCGUGUUUUUUCUGUUUUCUUUCCAGGCGCCCAUGUCUCUGCCGCAUCCUACAACGCUGACGUCGAUACACGCGUCGCUGCCCCAUUUCCUACCCUCGCCGGCACUGGCAUCGCCGGUUGGUUCACCCUCCUCGCAGCCGAACAUAGCAGUGAGCAACGCGCCCUGUUCCACCCUGUUCGUGGCGAAUCUUGGCCAGUUCGUGUCCGAGCACGAGCUCAAGGAUAUCUUCAGCAGUUUUCCUGGUUUCUCCCGGCUUCGUAUGCACACGAAGGGAGGGUCGCCAGUGGCCUUUGUCGAAUACCAAGACGUUCGCUACGCGGCCCAGGCGAUGGCCACUCUCCAAGGAUCCUUUCUCCUCUCCUCCGACCGGGGAGCAAUACGAAUCGAAUAUGCAAAGUCAAAAAUGGCCGAGGGAUCAAAGAGAGAAGAAAACGGGCAACCUUAAGAUCGACAUCAACGGCAUGUAAAGGGGAAUCGAGGGAAGAAGACCGUGCGUGUAUACGUGCUUGCAACCCCCGUGGAACGCAACGAUCGGAGAAAAGGCCGAGAGGAUCCCGCCGCGAACAUCGACGAAACUCCACGCUGGCGAACGCCGGUUCGACGCAAUUUGGAUUUCCCGGAGCAAAUCGAUCGUGGGUUGCUCGAGAAAUCGUCGCGGGAAAGUCAAGAUAAGAAAACUGGGGGGUGGGGGGACCGGAGGGCGGAUGAUCACUUAGGGUAGGGGGAAUCGAAGAAAGGGAAAGCGGGGAAAAAAGCACGUAUAAACGAGCGAGCGA